AUGACAUCACAUCCGAUCAGGUCUAGAAUACUACAAACUUUAGAUGGUGUUGACGUUAGAAACAAUCCCGAUGUCUCACCGAAAAAUCGGUUGUCUCGAAGAGAGUUUCUUCAGUGGAGAGCUGGUGUACCCGAGGAUCAGAUUAUGGCCCAACGACAACAUGAUGCUACCCCCGAAAACAUAGACACUCCAAUUGAGGCAUCCUUAAGUCAACAGAUCGAAGUUAUGCAGUUGCAGCAUGAUUUAAGGCACAAUGCUACUUCUUUCAUGUAUGACAGGAUAGAUGAGAGUUCUCGGCUUGAUGCUGAGAGGAAGGAUAGGAGUUGUCGGCUUGAUACUGAGAUGAAGAUGAAGGCUUUGUCUCGCAAGAAUAGGAGUCGUCAGCUUCAUGCUAUGAUGAAGGAUAGAAGUUGUCGGCUUGAGGCUGAGAUGAAGACCAAGUUUAUGAAUUGCAAGUUUCAGCUUGCUAUUCAACUUUCCCAAAUUAUCCUUUGGAUUCUUCUCGCUGUUGGUAUCAUCGCAAUGUUUUACACAGGCAACGAUCACAUAGCCUAUGCGUUUAUGAUCCCUGUUCCCCUUUGGAUAUCUUGGCUCUUGUUUGAAAGACGGCACUUCCCUCCUGGUGUGUCGACAUGA